UGUCUGUCUUCCAGGAGCGUCAAAGAAAAUGGACAAAACGUCGGACGCGGUGGAGCUGGAGGCUCAGGUUUACGGAGAGAGACGAAACAAAAGCGGGAAACCCGUCAAGAUGCCUCAGUUUGAGAAGUCGACGGUCCACAUGAGGGACCCCGAGCGGGUGGAGCAGAUCAUCUGUGGCCUCAUCAAAGGAGGAGCCUCCAAACUGCAGAUCAUCACGGACUUCGACAUGACGCUCAGCAAGUUCGCCGUCAACGGAAACCGCUGUCCGUCGUGCCACAACAUCAUCGAUAACUGCAAGCUGGUGACGGAGGAGUGCCGGGCGAAGCUGCUGCAGCUGAAGAACAAGUACUACCUCAUCGAGGUGGACCCCCAGCUCACCAUGGAGGAGAAGUACCCGUUCAUGGUGGAGUGGUACUUCAAGACCCACACGCUGCUGGUGGAGCAGCGGCUGGAGAGGGACAAGCUGGCAGAGGUGGUGAGGGAGUCGCACGCCGCGCUCAGGGACGGGUACGAACAUUUCUUCGACCGGCUGCAGCAGCACGACGUGCCCGUCUUCAUCUUCUCCGCCGGACUGGGCGACGUCCUGGAGGAGAUCAUCCGCCAGGCCGGCGUCUACCACCCCAACGUCAAGGUGGUCUCCAACUUCAUGGACUUCGACGAGAACGGCGUCCUGAAGGGAUUCAAAGGCGAGCUGAUCCACGUGUACAACAAGCACGACGGCGCCUUGAGGAACACGGAGUACUUCAAGCAGGUGAAGGCCUCGUGCAACGUGGUGCUCAUGGGCGACUCGCUGGGCGACCUCAGCAUGGCGGACGCCGUGCCGCAUGUGGAGAACAUCCUGAAGAUCGGCUUCCUCAACGACAAGGUGGAGGAGCGACUGGAUAAAUACAUGGACUCGUACGACAUCGUGCUGGUGAAGGACGAGACUCUGGAAGUGCCCAACGCCAUCCUCCAGAAGGUUCUAUAACUUUAACAACCCCCGCCCCAAGCCCCGCCCCCUCCUCCACUCUGGAUCAACCUUCCAACAGCCACCUUUAACUAAAAACCUUUUUGAAUGACGUUUUACAUCCUGAAUAAAUUGUUUUGUCCCUUUUUGGAAUAGUUUUGUCCGAAAGAAUAACCAAAAGUGACACACACACAUACACACACACACACACACAUUCUUACACACACACACACAUACAUGCAUGGGGGGGGGGGCGCACUUUAUAUUCUGGCGUGCGGUCAUCUAUUUGUUUCUACUGUUUUAUUUAUUUUCUUGCACAGAAGAGUUUGUCAACGUCGACUUCGUGGUUUCUCGUAGCGGAACCAAGAUGGCCGACACAACGUGCCAGUGUUUAAAGGUCACUCUAGAGAUGCCCUCUUGUGGUCAUUAGCGGGAAUUACGCCCUCGAACCAAAGUCAGAGGAGCUGCAGAAUAUCAAUAUCACAAUAAAUCUAUAAGUAUAUGUGCGUCUGCUUUAUAUGUGGCUCCAUAAAACCCAACAAACGACCUAUUUAAUGAAAUGAAACUCUUUCUGUGGGUGGGGGUUGAGCUUCGACCUCUUGGCGUUUCCAUCUAAGUGUUUUUUUCCGGGUGGAGGUUCAACGUAAACGUCUCCUGUUGUGUUCUCUGUCUUGAAUGUGCUCCUAUCACCUGCAUGUUGCCUUCAUCGUUCACCACUCAAAUGUGUCUAGUUUAUCAAUAAAACGGAGUAAUGUCA